UUUUUUUGCUCUAAAAAUGCAGAGUUGGAACAAUGGUUGGGCAACCAUAACUUUUCCCUAGGACAAAGACAUUUAGCAAGUGUAGACCAUCUGUUGAGCCCAAUGGUUCCAUAGUUCUGUGAUGUCAUAGAGAUGAAACAAGUGCUUUGGAGGUUUGCUUUCCUGGUUGGGGAGGAGAAUUGAAUGAUCACAAGUGUUCCAGAUUAGUGGUCCCUCCAGGCAUCUUAUACUCACCACAUUUAUGGAGAGGAAGUAAGCCAGUAAAACUUAAAGAAUAAGAAAAACAAAUUCAAACUGAGCUGGGAAAAAAAUCUGGACAAUCUGUGAUCGUUUGAGUCAAGAAUUCAUCUAUGUUCUUUGAAAUCCUAGGAAUCUGUGUCCUCAUUACUCUCCUGAUGUGUGUCAUAUUCCUUCUCAUUUUAAUAGUGAUUUUAUCAUACCAAAGUGCUCAAAAGAGGAAGAGACCUUUUUUAAGGAAUAUGAAGCUAACUCAUAAAAAGUUGCAGAUGAAAAGACCUUUAUCUCCCACACAGGACAGAUCCAUCUUUAUACUGCAGUGUGCAGAUGAGAACAAUCUUGUGAAACCUGGCAUUCUGAUGCAAAGAUCGGACAGUGAACAAGCAGUGGUUAUGCCACCGGAUAAUGCAGAAGCCAGGGAGGAAAAAAGCAAGAUUAUGGGCGUCAGUAAGCCCAAGUGGGAUGCCAGCCCUUCUAAGAAAGAGAAUUCCAAGAUGUCAGAAAAAGAAAACUCCAUCUCUAACCCUUUAUCAACUGAGAACAACAGAAGACCAAUAAAAGGAGUGACAUUUUCUCAAGAGGUCAUUGUUGUGGAUCUUGGGAAAGACAAUGAUAAACCUCAUUAUUAUACCAGAGAACAUAAAGAUAAAAAAUAAAACAUCUAAAAAGGAGAAGGGAAGAAAUCAAACCAUGUGCUGGAAACACAACUGUGGGCAUGAAGAAUCACAAUGAAUUCGCAAAAACCAGGAUGAAUCAUUUCAUAAAUAUGGAUAUUCUUUCAUCUUUGGGCAGAAAAAAGAUGGACUGUAUGUAAAAUACUAUAAGUGAAACACUGAGAGCUUGAAUAUAGUUUUUGAAAUAUCA